AUGGGCUUCACUCUCCACUCUGUCUACUUCACUUUGAAGGUGAGUUUGCUGCUUGGCUCCUUGCUGGGCCUCUCUUUGGGUCUGGAGUUCAUGGGCAUCCCCAACCAGUGGGCCCGCUUCCUCCGCUGGGAUGCCAGCACUAGGAGUGAACUCAGCUUCCAGUUCAAGACCAAUGUUUCUGCUGGGCUGCUUCUCUACUUUGAUGACGGUGGUGUCUGUGACUUCCUCUGUCUGUCUCUUGUUGAUGGGCGCAUCCAGCUCCAGUUCAGUGUGGACUGUGCAGAGACUACAGUUAUCACAGAUAAGCAGGUCAACGACAGCAACUGGCACUUCCUGAUGGUCAGCCGCAAUCACCUUCGGACAGUGCUAGUGCUGGAUGGUGAAGCCAAACCAGGUGAGGUGCGUCCACAGCGUCAAUAUAUGAAUAUUGUCAGUGACCUUUUUGUGGGUGGAGUCCCUUUGGACAUCCGUCCUGCCACCUUGACCCUUGAUGGUGUUCUGAGCGAGCCUCCGUUUCAAGGAUUUAUUCUGGAUCUGAAAUAUGGCAACUCUGAGCCGCAUCUUCUGGACAGUCAAGGAGUCCGGCUGGAAAUGGAAGGGCUUUGCGCAGAAAACCCUUGUGAAAAUGGUGGCACUUGCUUUCUUCUAGAUGGUGAGCCACACUGUGACUGCUCAGCUACUGGGUACGUUGGCAAGCUGUGUUCUGAAGAUGUCAAUCACAUUCCAGGUCUCUCACACCUGAUGAUGGGUGAACAAGCGCGAGAUGAGAACAUGGCCACUUUCCGUGGUUCCGAAUAUCUUUGCUAUGACCUGUCUCAAAACCCCAUCCAGAGCAGCAGCGAUGAGAUCACUCUCUCCUUCAAGACAUGGCAACGCAACGGGCUCAUUCUGCACACCGGCAAGUCUGCUGACUAUGUCAACCUGGCCCUGAAGGAUGGUGCGGUCUCACUGGUCAUUAACCUGGGGUCUGGGGCCUUCGAGGCCAUUGUGGAGCCUGUCAAUGGCAAAUUCAAUGACAACGCAUGGCAUGACGUUAAGGUGACGCGCAACUUGCGGCAGGUGACCAUCUCUGUGGAUGGCAUCCUUACCACCACGGGUUACACACAGGAAGACUACACCAUGCUGGGCUCGGAUGACUUCUUCUAUGUGGGAGGGAGCCCCAGUACUGCUGAUUUACCUGGCUCUCCAGUAAGCAACAACUUCAUGGGCUGCCUCAAAGAGGUUGUUUAUAAGAAUAAUGACAUUCGUCUGGAGCUGUCUCGCUUGGCACGGAUUGGUGAUACUAAGAUGAAAAUCUAUGGAGAAGUGAAAUUUGUAUGUGAGAAUGUGGCCACACUGGACCCCAUCAGCUUUGAGACACCUGAGGCAUAUAUUAGUUUGCCCAAAUGGAACACCAAAAGGAUGGGCUCCAUAUCAUUUGAUUUCCGAACCACCGAACCCAAUGGGCUAAUACUUUUCACCCAUGGCAAGCCUCAGGAGAGGAAAGAUGCCAGGAGCCAGAAAAACACGAAGGUAGACUUCUUUGCAGUUGAACUUCUAGAUGGGAACCUCUACUUGUUGCUGGACAUGGGAUCUGGGACCAUUAAAGUCAAAGCCACACAGAAGAAAGCCAAUGAUGGAGAAUGGUAUCAUGUGGAUAUUCAGCGAGAUGGAAGAUCAGGUACUAUAUCAGUGAACAGCAGACGCACCCCAUUCACUGCUAGUGGAGAGAGUGAGAUCCUAGAUCUGGAGGGUGACAUGUACCUGGGUGGGCUGCCAGAGAACCGGGCAGGACUCAUCCUUCCCACUGAGCUCUGGACAGCAAUGCUGAAUUAUGGCUACGUUGGCUGUAUCCGAGAUUUGUUCAUCGACGGGCGAAGCAAGAACAUCCGGCAGCUGGCAGAGGCACAGAAUGCAGCAGGAGUCAAGUCCUCCUGCUCCCGCCUGAGUACCAAGCAAUGUGACAGCUACCCAUGUAAGAAUAAUGCAGUCUGCAAGGAUGGCUGGAACCGCUUCAUUUGUGACUGCACUGGCACUGGCUAUUGGGGGAGAACAUGCGAGCGAGAGGCCUCUAUCUUGAGCUAUGAUGGCAGCAUGUACAUGAAGAUCAUCAUGCCCAUGGUCAUGCAUACUGAGGCAGAAGAUGUGUCCUUCCGUUUCAUGUCCCAGCGUGCCUAUGGGCUGUUGAUGGCAACCACCUCACGAGAUUCUGCUGACACUCUGCGUCUGGAGCUGGAUGGAGGCCGUGUCAAACUAAUGGUCAACUUAGACUGUAUCAGGAUAAACUGUAACGCCAGCAAGGGACCUGAAACUCUUUAUGCGGGGCAGAAGCUCAACGACAAUGAGUGGCACACUGUUCGGGUAGUUCGACGUGGAAAGAGCCUCAAACUGAUGGUGGAUGAUGAUGUUGCUGAGGGCACAAUGGUUGGUGAUCACACCCGCUUGGAGUUCCAUAACAUUGAGACAGGGAUCAUGACGGAGAAACGUUACAUUUCUGUCAUCCCUUCUAGCUUUAUUGGUCACCUUCAGAGCCUCAUGUUCAAUGGGAUGCUCUACAUUGACCUGUGCAAGAAUGGUGAUAUUGACUACUGUGAGCUGAAGGCACGCUUUGGUCUCCGCAACAUUAUAGCUGACCCUGUGACAUUCAAGACUAAGAGCAGCUACCUGAGUCUGGCCACCUUGCAGGCUUAUACAUCCAUGCACCUCUUCUUUCAGUUCAAGACCACUUCAGCUGACGGUUUCAUACUCUUUAACAGUGGUGAUGGUAAUGACUUCAUUGCAGUUGAGCUAGUCAAGGGCUAUAUACACUAUGUGUUUGACCUUGGGAAUGGACCCAAUGUUAUUAAAGGCAACAGUGACCGUCCUCUUAAUGACAACCAGUGGCACAAUGUUGUCAUCACUAGAGACAACAGUAACACACACAGUCUGAAGGUGGACACUAAGAUGGUCACUCAAGUUAUCAAUGGAGCCAAAAAUCUGGAUCUUAAAGGUGAUCUCUACAUUGCUGGUCUAGCUCAAGGCAUGUACAGCAACCUCCCAAAGCUAGUGGCCUCACGUGAUGGAUUUCAGGGCUGCCUAGCAUCUGUGGACUUGAAUGGGCGUCUUCCUGAUCUAAUUAAUGAUGCUCUGCACCGCAGUGGGCAGAUUGAACGUGGAUGUGAAGGACCAAGCACUACCUGCCAGGAAGAUUCCUGUGCAAAUCAGGGUAUCUGUAAUCAGCAGUGGGAAGGCUUCACCUGUGAUUGCUCCAUGACUUCAUAUUCUGGGAGCCAGUGUAAUGACCCUGGUGCCACGUAUAUAUUUGGGAAGAGUGGAGGCCUCAUCUUGUACACCUGGCCAGCUAAUGACAGACCAAGCACAAGGACUGACCGUCUUGCUGUGGGCUUCAGCACAACAGUGAAGGAUGGCAUUCUUGUACGGAUUGACAGUGCCCCUGGACUCGGUGAUUUUCUGCAACUGCAUAUAGAGCAGGGCAAGAUUGGCGUAGUCUUCAAUAUUGGCACAGUGGAUAUCUCUAUUAAAGAGGAAAGCACACCUGUGAAUGAUGGCAAAUACCAUGUGGUGCGCUUUACCAGGAAUGGCGGCAAUGCUACGCUUCAGGUUGACAGCUGGCCAGUGAACGAACACUAUCCAACAGGCAACACUGAUAGUGAACGGUUCCAAAUGGUAAAACAGAAAAUCCCCUUCAAAUAUAACCGGCCUGUAGAGGAGUGGCUGCAGGAAAAAGGACGACAGUUAACGAUCUUCAACACCCAGGCGCAAAUAGCCAUAGGAGGAAAAGACAGAGGGCGUCUCUUCCAAGGCCAACUCUCCGGUCUCUAUUACAAUGGCUUGAAAGUGUUGAACAUGGCAGCAGAGAACAACCCUAACAUUAAAAUCAAUGGAAGUGUCCGUCUUGUCGGGGAGGUCCCUUCCAUCUUGGGAACAACACCCACAACCUCUGUGCCACCAGAAAUGUCUACUACUGUCAUGGAAACCACAACUACGAUGGCCACCACUACAACCCGAAAAAAUCGUUCACCACCUAGCAUCCAGCCUACAACAGAUGACAUUGUUUCAUCCGCUGAAUGUUCUAGCGAUGAUGAAGAUUUCAUUGACUGUGAACCCAGUACAGAUAAGAGUCUUUCCACUUCAAUCUUCGAAGGUGGCUACAAAGCACACGCACCCAAGUGGGAAUCCAAGGACUUUAGACCUAACAAAGUCUCCGAAACUGGUAGGACUACUACCACGUCUUUGUCCCCUGAGCUGAUCCGCUCCACAGCUUCGUCCUCGACUGGGAUGGUACCCAAAUUGCCAGCCGGCAAAAUGAAUAACCGUGAGCUCAAACCCCAGCCUGACAUAGUCUUGCUUCCGUUGCCCACUGCCUAUGAGCUAGACAGCACAAAGCUGAAGAGCCCGCUAAUCACUUCCCCCAUGUUCCGUAAUGUGCCCACAGCAAACCCCACGGAGCCAGGAAUCAGACGGGUUCCGGGGGCCUCAGAGGUGGUCCGCGAGUCGAGCAGCACAACGGGGAUGGUCGUCGGCAUUGUGGCUGCUGCCGCCCUCUGCAUCCUCAUCCUCCUGUACGCCAUGUACAAGUACAGGAACAGGGACGAGGGGUCCUAUCAGGUGGACGAGACGCGAAACUACAUCAGCAACUCAGCCCAGAGCAACGGCACGCUCAUGAAGGAGAAGCAGCAGAGCUCAAAGAGUGGCCACAAGAAACAGAAAAACAAGGACAAAGAGUAUUAUGUGUAAAAAAGAAUACUUAUUUAUAUAUAAAUAUAUAAAUACUUAAUGAGAUUUAACUAUCAGAAUCAUUGCAGUGAACGAGAUUAGGAGAUAUCGUUUGUGGGAAAAAGUAUUGGGAAAAAAAUAUCAGCAGUGACUGUUAAUGUCUCAGUCAUCACUUGGAGUCAGCAAACUCUGCCCUAAUGUAUUAUAAAGCACACUUAGCGUUCUGGAGAUGGCGCAUACAGCUCUGCCCUGUUAGUGAACUUGGACGUCUCCAAAUCUCCUCCUCCGCUGAACUUUCUGCAAAAGUAGAAGACUUCAUGGCUUACUUGUUUCAUAUCUCCAAGUGAGUCUUUAACAAUGUUCAUGAUUCCUGACUGUAUCAAUAAUUUUGCAGGUUAGUUAUUUAAAAAAAAAAAAAGAAAGAAAGAAAGAAAAAGAAAAAAAUGCAAACAUUAUUAAACAACAAAAAAAAUAUCUAACAAACUGAUCUGGCUGUGUCCAGCACACCUAAUUUUUUUGAGAUUGGAGGAGGGGAAUAAAUGAUUUUGGAGAUUGUUGGAUUUUGAUUUGGUUUGGUUUCUUGGGUUGUUUUAUUUUUGAUUUUGUUUACUUUUGGGUGUGGGAGGAAAGGGUUGAGAGGAAUGUUGUGGGGGUGGGGAGCAUGAUAUGUGUUGAGAAGAAAUCUCGGAAAAAAAAUCCAUAAUAAAUAAAGAGAGACUAUUGCCAUAUAUGAACUCAAAAGCUACUCAUGGUGUUUACUCUGCAUAUCUGGUUGUGUUGUCUCUAGAAACCGUCGUCUUGCAGUAAGUUAUUUGCUAACAAUGCAGUGAAAGUAUGUGAUGGGUGCUGAUGAAGAAAAUUAUGGAGAGCUGGUCCCCUUGGAUCUGCCACCAGGAUUUGCAAAUGAACUGAAGAAUAGAUGGGUUUGGGUCUGUUCUGAUCAGAAUCAUUGGAAUUAUUUGAGAAUAUCACUUAGUAUGUGAUAGCACAGCCAAACUAUUGUUAAAAGGAUUUGAAGAUUCAAAAAAAAGGAUGCUUAAGAAACAGUUAGUCAUUCUGAGCUAAAUAUACCUUGCAAAAAUAAAGGAGCCUUCCUCCAGGUUCUAGUUCUGUGACUGACUGCAAUGCAUGCAAAAAAAAUAAAAAAUCAGUUUAAUAAAGAGAUCAGAAAGACACCACUGGAGUUCAACUUGUGAUAAGACCCAUAAAAUGUAUGAAAAGUUAACCACUUGUAAAAGAAUGCAAAAAUGUAUAGUUUCUUUUUUUUUGACACGAAACUGUUUUUUCAUAUGUAAUACUUUAAUUUUGUAGCUUGACAUUUCAGAUCAUGUCUUUCCAUUUGCCCUAUUCUCUCUUUUCCUUCUCUUUUAUAUAAAAGAAAAUAAAGCUGCUGUGACACACAAAAUAAUAAAGAAAAAUGAAUUUAAUAAUAUUAUAUAUAUAUACACACAGAUAUAUUUAUCAUGGUAUGUUUGAUGGGACGACUGGAACAGAAGUUCUGUUAUGGUCUUAAUGUGGAAUAAGAAUGUUCUUGAAGAACAGAGUAAAAAGAAACAGAAAACAAAAGCAAACCGUAAGAUGUGAAGAAAGCGUGUGUUUUAGCUUUGUCAGUUACCUGUGUCAAGAAAAAAUACCUGAAAGUUUGUUUACAUAUUUUACUACUAUUUUUUUUGCUAGUAUAAUUUCUAUAUGAAUACCCUGAAGGUGUAUAUACUGUUUUAUGGUUAAAUUGGGAAUGUCUUUUGUUUUUAACUGAUUUAAUUUGGUUGUUUGGUUCCUACAUUUUCCCAGUUACUGUGAAAAGGAUUACUUACUGUAUAGAAAAAAUAGCCAGGUGGUUUGAUGGCCAUGCCUGUCACAUACAAAAAGAAAAAAAAAAAAAAAAAAAAAGAGCAAAUGAGGGAGAAAGAGAGAAAACCAACAAAAACAAGAUGGAUUGAGAACUCUGAAAUAUCAGAAAUGUACACUUUUUCUGUAUACAGAUGAAAACUAAUCAGCUGUUUAGGUUUAGAAAUCUACUCUUGCUGGUGUUCAUAAGUCGCAUGAAUAUUUGACUUUGAAGAAGUGUCAUCAAAUACACACACGCACAUGGGAACUUAAAUUCAAAGAAACAGCCUUCUCAAACACUUAGAGAAGCCGCUUUCAUGUUAACAAAUAUUUUCAGUGUGUAUGUGUGCGUGGUGCGUGUGCGUGAGAGGUUGAGCCUUUUUUUCCUUUUUUAUUUUUUAUACUAAAAAGAAAAAAAAGACAGGUUUUAAAAAGGUAUGAAAGCACGAUUUUAGAUGAUUUAACUGGCCAAAACUAUAUAGAGUUGAUUAUAUCUUGAUGUCUGUAAAAGAUUGCUGUUCUUGGAGUCUUGGAGUCUUGUGAAAUGAUUUCCUUUCUUCCUUUCCUUUUUGCUUUCCUUUUUUAAGUUAAGAGGAAAAAAAAACAAUUACACUUUCCUUUUUUUGUGUAAGUUUCUAUUGGACAUUUUUGGGGAACAUGUGCAUUCCUGUAUGUGGGCUUCUACCAUAUCCCUGUUGCUUUAUGAACAAUCUUAAGAAUUUUUUUUUGAGUUAUUGUGAUGUUAUUGCUUUUUUCACCGUUCUUUUUCUUCCUUUUUGAUUCUUUUUCUUUUCUUAUUUGCAUUUUGUUUAAAGAUACGCUUAGCAAUAAAAUGUUCUUCCCAAA